UAUCAAUCGAUCCGAGAGAGCAAGAUGGCGGCGGACGGAGUGAGCGCGCAGCAGGAUCGAUCACCGAAAAACUCGAUCGGGUUCGCUUUUCUCAACUGAGUCCAAAACACACACCCGACGGGCACCGCGUCCCAGGACCCGAGCCCGCGGCCGAGAGGAGACGACAAGGGGUCCACCCUCCUCAGUCCGUCAGGGCGAUGGAGUUCCCGUGGCACAGUGGGAAGGUUCUCGAGCAGCUGAAUCGGCAGCGCAAGCAGGGUCUGCUGUGUGACUGCACCUUUGUGGUGGAUGGGGUGGACUUCAAGGCCCACAAAGCUGUGCUGGCAGCCUGCAGCACCUACUUCCGCACCCUCUUCCUGGACCAGAACGAUGUGGUGCAUCUGGACAUCAGCAAUGCAUCAGGUUUGGGUCAGGUGCUGGAGUUUAUGUACACAGCCAAGCUGAGUUUAAGUCCGCAGAAUGUAGAAGAUGUGCUGGCUGUCGCCAACUUCCUCACAAUGCAAGAAAUUGUAAAUGCCUGCUCUGCAUACCAGUCAAUGGCAAAUCCAACUCCUUCCAUCAUAACGCUGGAUUUUACUGUUGAUGAAAAACCAGGUGAAAGUGAGCAGAGAGAGGUGCAGAAAAGUGUCGAAGAGCAGGUGGCAUCACAAGCAGAGGAGAUUCCUUCUUGCACUCCCACAGAAGAUAAAGAGCCCGCACAAACUCAGGACAAUUUAAAGGAAGAAACCUCUGCUCAAACUCAACAGGCUGCUGCUCAGCCCAACCCUGCAUGUACCAACUCAGGCUGCGGACAGCCGCCUAAAGCCAGCCCCCCUUCUGUUCAAAAGAAGAAAGGAAGUACCGCACAAGUUGCACCCGGAAUUCAGGUUGACCCCUCUGACACAGACUUCACACCUAAAUCAAAUCUAAAAUCUGCCGGCAGCUCAUCUUACAUGAGCUCUCGAGGGAGACGAAUCAGAAAACCUCUCCGACGAAACUUCCCACCUGAGAGCGACUCAGAGGACGAAGGCGCAUCAAAGUCAAAUCCAGAAGAGAAGGCGGUGGCGGAGCCGGCAGAGGCGCCUGAAGAACAAGAGGACGACAUGGAGGUGACCGGUGAUGGGGGAGCUGAUGAUGAAGAUUGGGAUGGAGAGGAUGAGGAAGAGGGCGAAGACAGCCAGCAGGUUGACGGAGACGAUUCCAGCAGCGAGAGAGACGGGAUACUAACCCAGUCAGCAUCGAUGAGCAGCCGAUCGGAGUCCAAGCCUUACAGCUCAAUGACACACAAAUGUGAGGACUGCGGGAAGAAAUUCACCCACACUGGUAAUUUCAAGAGACACAUGCGUAUUCACACAGGAGAGAAGCCGUUCACCUGUCGGGACUGCAACAAGGCCUUCUCUGACCCGGCAGCCUGUAAAGCCCAUGAGAAAACUCACAGCCCCCUGAAGCCGUACUGCUGCUCCACUUGCGGAAAGAGCUACCGUCAGAUCAGCCUGCUCAACCUGCACCGCAAACGGCACACGGGUGAAGCGCGCUACAGCUGCGACGCGUGCGGCAAGCUCUUCACCACGUCCGGCAACCUGAAGCGGCACCAGUUGGUGCACAGUGGCGAGAAGCCGUAUCACUGCGACUUCUGCGAGAAGAGCUUCUCCGACCCCACCGCCAAGAUGCGACAUUUAGAGACGCACGACACGGACAAGGGCAACAAGUGUCCACACUGUGAAAAACGCUUCAACCAGAUGGGAAAUCUGAAGGCUCACUUAAAAAUCCAUAUUGCAGAUGGGCCUCUUAAGUGCAAAGAAUGUGGCAAACAGUUUACCACUUCAGGGAAUCUGAAGAGACACCUGCGGGUUCACAGUGGGGAGAAACCAUACAUCUGUGUUCACUGUCAUAGAGCUUUCAGUGACCCUGGAGCUCUGCAGAGACAUGAACGCAUCCACACAGGAGAAAAGCCCUGUGUCUGUGUUAUCUGCGGCAAAGCCUUCACCCAGGCCAGCUCCCUCAUCGCUCAUGUCCGCCAGCACACGGGAGAGAAGCCUUAUGUGUGCGAUCGUUGCGGCAAAAGGUUUGUGCAGUCCAGUCAACUGGCCAAUCACAUUCGCCACCACGACAAUGUCCGCCCACACAAGUGCCAGAUGUGCAACAAGGCAUUUGUCAAUGUGGGAGACCUUUCGAAGCACAUCAUCAUACACACAGGGGAGAAACCUUUCCUGUGCGAUAAAUGCGGCCGAGGGUUCAACCGGGUGGACAACCUGCGCUCGCACGUCAAGACCGUCCACCACGGCAAGGCUGGCAUGAAGCGGCUGGUCGUGGCUUCAGGCAGCGCAGACGAGGGGGUUGAUGGGUGCGCGGCCACAGCCAGCUCUGACAGCGAGAUCAACAUAGUUACCGUAACCACAGAUGAUAUCGUCACCCUGGCAACGGAGGCCCUGGCGGGCAGUGCUGUUGCUCAAUUAACAGUCGUUCCAGUAGCUGCUUCAGUGUCUGCAGAUGAGACCGAGGCUUUGAAAGCAGAAAUCACCAAGGCAGUAGAGAAAGUGCAAGAAGCAGACCCCAACACCCAGAUCUUAUACGCUUGUGACUCGUGCGGUGAUAAAUUCUUGGAUGCGAACUCCCUAGCCCAGCACGUACGCAUACACACGGCUCAGGCCUUGGUCAUGUUUCAGGCAGAUUCAGACUUUUACCAGUACACUGCAGCCAAUGCCGCUGAGGGGGAAACGGCCACAGCAUGGCAAUCCACGACCGAGCAGGUCAUCGACGAAGGGGAAAAUUGACCUGCCGUGACCAGGAUGGAGAGGGAGAAGCGGGAAUGAAGUGAAAGUCGGGCGAGAUGUAUGAAAUAUAAUGUAUGACAGAAAUCUAAUUUAUACAGGAGGAAGAAGCACAAGAAAUAAAGGGCGUUUAUGAGGCCUCAGAGUUUGAGAAUCAUGCGAUGUUAAGAGUCAACUUAAAAAACUUGAUUUAUAACAUACCACACAUUUUAAACUACUUUAUCUUAAGAUUCAUGGCCAUAAAGUUUUAAUUCCAGCAAACCAUAUCCGAUUCAGUGAUUUGGUAAAUAUUGUUGAGAAUUCUUUCAGAGAUGGUUAUACUAUGUAUAGUUUGUUUAUUUUUUAAACUGAAAUGCAGGAUUGUGUAUUAUCAUUUGUAUAAAAGAUAGAUAGAUCAUAAUUCAGUGCAGGCUUAUAUAAAUUCAACAUGUCUGCGUUUUAUUUUUCCCUUUUACUCCAUGUCCCACUGUCUAUGUACAUUUUCCUUUAACAGUCAAUAUUUUAUUGUACUUAGCUGAAGCACAUUAUACAGAGAAUAUUUACAUGGACACAUAGGGGUACUUCAUUUUCAGGCAAACACUGUAAAUAAUGUGCAUGUGUAAUAUUUGUAGAUUUGCUAUGUGUCCUCGAAAAGUCUUGUCUUGAAAGAUUAAAAGAAAUAUUUGUGGUGAUGACAAACCGGUCGACAAUUCUCAAUUUUACUAUGAUGCAGGACCCCCCACCCCCCCUUUGUUGCAUAUUUAUUGUUUAUAUUAACACCUACAAGAUGCUCUAUAAAAUUUAGUAACAGGGUUAGACUCACCGGAAGUCAUUCUCAGAUCAAUAAAGAAUCAUCACAGUCUGA